GAACGUAGAGUUGCGGCAACCAAAAAAUAUUGGGGAUUUGGAAACUUUUAUGAAGGAGGAAUGGGAAAAAAUUCCUCAGGACAUUAUAAAAAAAUCUGGUUGGGUCAAUGAAAGAACGUU